AAUGUGUUAAAACAUGGCCAGCUAAUUUCAUGAAGCCAGAACCAUCGUAUUCCACGCCUAUCCUCUUUCUCUCGGUGUCCCUUGACACACAAAAAGUCUUGUGGUGUAUACCUUAAAAGUGCAUGAAAUUGCUCUAUUUUUCCAAACAAAUGACUGAAAGAACUCUAGUUCCAAUAUUCGUCUUUUGGGCUUUCCUUACAAUAAUCACCCCUACACUCAUUCUCUUGUCAGAGAAUUCAAAGGUUGACCUCGAUCCAAAUGGAAAUAUAACUGAAGGAGUGAAGCUUGGACGAAUGAUCGGGUACACUCAUAAUUAUAGCAUAAAAACAGCAUCACCGCUAGCCAAGUCUGAAGAGGAACUGGCCUCGGCACCAGCCCCAGAACCAUUACCAACCUCAUCAUCUGGAACUAGUACUAAUAGAGUUACUCCUAUGGGGUCACACUCACAUCAUAAUCAUACUCUUAUAAGAAAUAAAACCCAUGAUGGGUUUAACCUCUCCUCUCCCAUCAAGAUACACGCCCAAGUCAAACAAGCAUAUAUCAGAUAGACAAGUACUUCGUGACAGACAUGCUUACUGUAUUUGAAUCUCAGACUGUUAUAUGUCCUCAGAAGUCUUUGUGGAAGAACAAUGUAAGUUGGUGAGAAACAAAAUUAAUUCAUUACAUUGUAAAUAUCUACUUAGGUUCAUACCAUGAUUCUGAAUUUAUAUAAAUCUAUUGUUGAGGUCUAAUAAAAAGAGAAAGAAUCAAAGGACAAUUGCUGCUCCAAGCCCAAAGUAAUCCAAUUGCAAAUUUGUAUGUGUUGUGUAAAUUAUGUCAUUUAUGUGUAUGUAGCUAUGAAACGAGAUGCAGUGUCUCUCAUCAUGAGCAAUGGGAUAGCCUGAUGGUCUUUCUUUUCCUUUAUAAAAUCAAAGAGUCUUUGUUAACAAAUUCUUUAA